AUGCGGAAAGGUGAUAAGAAAGGUCUUGAAGAGAGGGGAACAACGGUAACGGAUAGAUAUUCAAAGAGUCUAAAGAACACUUGCGACACCGAAACAUCGUCAGUUGCAAUACCAAAAUCAUUCUAUUCUGACACCCAGAAAUACGGACCAGUUCCAGUUUUCAAAUUGGAGGGAAUUAAAGUUGCUCACUGCUACACUCCAGAAAUUUAUGCGAACACUGGAACUGGGGAACGUUGGAGUGGUCGGUUUUCGCAAUCUGUUGGCCUUGUUGACGAUUUCGUUCUUCUCGCACUAUGCUCAAGCUAG